AAAUCAGGAGAUCUUUAGGCUCCAAGAACCGUACCAUCCCGGACCGCCUGGUCGCCGAGAAACGAUGCCUUCCUUUGGAAGACGAGUUAGGGCAUUCUAGAUCCAGUUUAAGCUUCUGUGCUUUUGGAAUAAUCGGGAAGAAACGAUGGGAUCGAACUCUAGAGCGCUCGAUUCUUCCAACAUAGGUUUUCAGCUAUUGAAGAAGAGUGGCUGGAAGGAGGGUACGGGUCUUGGAGCCUCCGAGCAGGGUAGGCUAGAGCCAAUACAAACACAAGUAAAGAAGAAUAAGUGUGGGAUAGGUGCUGAGAUCAAGAAGAAGAGAGAACUGCUCUCAACAAAGCAUAUUAUUGACACCCAUAAGGAAAAGUUUGCAGAGAGACCAAAGGCAGUAUCAAAGAGAUUAAGAAAAAUGCUGCAAGAUGAGGAACGAAUGAAAGAAAAGGAAUUUGAUCAAGCUUUCUUCAGGGACUUUUGGCCAGAUAACGUUUAAACACCCGAACAAUUAUGUUUGUCUGAUUCACAUAAUCGAAACUUUGAGAGGUUUUGCAGCCUGGAGGCCAAUAUCAGCUGCUGCUGCGGUUCUAUCCUGCUUGGGGAAAAAGGUCAUAUCCUUAAUUAUUUCACACGCCUUAUUUAUAAUUUGAGGCAUUUACAUACACCCAGUUCAAUUUCUAUGUCUAUGUAUUUAUAGCACAUUAAAGAUUCAUUUCACAUAACAUAGACCACAUUAGUUUACCUCUUACAAGGUCAAAAUGGAAGUUUAUUUGUUAGAUAUGUAGAUACAUAGGAAUUGAGUGGGGAAUGUUUGUAAUUUGUAAGAAUGAUAUGAUAAAUGAUUGACAUCAAAGGCGACAAUUUCAUACAA